AUGUGUCCACAUAUGAAAGAAUGUGCAAUUCUUUUGUCAACAGAUGAAAUGUUUAAACGACAAGAAAAUGUUUUAAUAAGAGAUACUUCAAUAGUAACACAGACAUCACCAAUAUCUUCAACGUUAUGUUCAUCACCAUCUUCAUCAUCAUUAUCAACUACUAUGUUAUCUUCAAGAAAAAAACUUAUUGAUGCAAAUUUAUGA